AUGGCGACAUCUCACACAUCCUUGGAGACCCUCCUCACUGCUCACCCUACACGUCCGACUCCAUCAUCCAGCGAGUUCGACAUGCAGCAUGCAUUCCUGACACCAGACUCUCGGGCGGCCACGGAUGUCGAGUUAGCCGAUUUGGAGUCUCCACCUUCCGUCCUACCCAAACUGCCCCAAAUUUCUACCAGAACGAGCGCACCAGAAGGAACAGAGUCCAGCGAUGGUUCUGUGACACUCGUUCGUCGUCGGGGACGGUUCCGCCUCUUGCACCAGAGACAAUACGAAAACAGCCUCCUCGCCGGCGUUGGAUACCUCGAGCUAGCCAAUGCAGCAGACUUUGCAGCCAAUGUGUGGAAUCAAAUCCCCGUACCGAGAUUUGCGGCGGUGCUGAUGGGUAUUGGUGGAACAUGUGCCCUGCGGAAUGCCAAGCUCCUGAGGGCAGAAAGAGAGCGACUGCAGCACCAGCGAGCCAAGUGCAGCUCCCAUCAAGAGACGGCAAAAUAUUUGCAGAGCAGAAUUGGCGUCAAUACUCGUGAGCUUGGGACUGAGGUCGUCGAUCGUAUCGUGAUGGAUCUACUGAUGGGAUUCGGGUCGAUGCUUGUUGGGGUCGGCACAUGGAUGGCCGUCGGGGGUGCGAAUCAUCGUGUUUUCAUCGCCAGCAACCUUCUGUCCGGAUACAUUGGAAAUGGCCUUGCUGCCUUGUUUGGACUGAUCAACGGCAUCUGGUCUGGCUAUCUGAUACACCGGUUCCAACAACAACUCCAGGCUGUUCGAUCGUCUUGUCCGGAUGACGAGAUCAAGCGUCGUUUACACUACCGGCUUCGUCAAUUCCAGUGGCAUUCUACCGUUAACGGAAUCAACGGAUUGGUUGCCGGUGCCGCGUCGCGUCGAUGGUCACUGCGGAGCGAUGGUGGGGAUACGCCUCUCUUCGACCAGGACCCGCAGGUGAGCUUUGAAAGUCAUUUGCUCAUCGAGGACCUCCAGCUUGCAAUAUCAAUGCAACACCAACUGGCUGAAAGCCAUACGACUUUACCAUCUGCGCUGGUCGAUGUGCAAUCUCUGGAAUCGAUAUUGCGAUUCUUGGAGACACAGGGUAUGAUGGAAAACUACAGCAAGUGGUUGACUCGGGAUAAAAAGACAAAGGAGAUUCUGUCGGAGGUCUUGUCACACACAGCUGACUCGACCGAGCUUACCAUUUCGGUGCACACAAUCUUGCAAUUGUCCACUAAGUCUUCCCGGAAUGCGAUCAUCCUAAAAGAGCACGCAUGCCGCUUCAUUCGUCGGGAGGGAAAGCAAUUUUUCAUAUAUCGCGAGCGAUAUCUGCUCGAGGUUCUCAGUUUCGCUAUCUGGCAGGACCAGAAGCUUCAGUUCGCGGAGAAUAAAGCCGAGAUUUUGCCCAUGAAUGGCACCCUAAUACCGCCUUCUUCCUGA